AUGAGAGCUCCUCCCAUGGGGGAGGAGCCAGGGGAGGCCCCUCCCCCACGGAAACAGAGAGCUGCAAGCGUCAACAUCAUGGCUGUGAACAAGUGCAUCAAAACGCUGCUCAUCCUCUUCAACGUCCUCUUCUGGCUUUGCGGCUGCGUCAUCCUGGGAGUCGGCAUCUACCUGAAGGUGACCAAAGAUGGAAAUCAGUUGACCAACUCCGCCCUUCCUGGCGUGGACCUGAUGAUUGCCAUCGGCGUCAUCGUCUUUGUUCUGGCCUUCCUGGGCUGCUUGGGUGCCUACAAAGAGAGUCGGUGCAUGCUGAUGAUGUUCUUCAUCUUCCUUCUUGUCAUCUUCACCCUCCUCCUGGCGGCAGGAAUUCUGGGAGCUGUAGGCGAGAAGACGGUCAACGACUGGGUGAGGAAGGAACUGCAGAAGUUGACUCCUCUGUCCAACCAGCCGGACUCGGUGAAGAAAGACCUGGAGGCGCUGCAGGCUGAGCUGAAGUGCUGUGGGAUCAUCCAAGGACCCGCUGACUGGACCAAGCCUCCAGCUUCCUGCUUCUGCAACGGCACUGACACCACCACCACCUGCAAAGGCGGCAUCUACCAGACGGUGAGGGACAUCCGACCUGCGCCGCCCUGCGCCGAUCAAAUCAUCAAUCUGAUGAAACAAAACAUGAAGGUGGUGCUGGGGAUCUCCUUCGCCAUCGCCAUCAUCAUGAUCCUCGGCAUGAUUUUCUCCAUGAUGAUCUACUGCCAAAUCGGCAGGAAGGAGGGCCCGACGCAUUAA